AUGCAUUCCAUAGACAAAAUUGAUGAGCGACUUUUCCUAGGGAAUGAAGCAGUUGCAAACAGCCUUGAAAUUCUCACAGAGCAUGGAAUAACACAUAUUCUCAUUGCAGCAAAAGAACUUCAGCCCCACUUUGAAGGCUCAUUUGUAUACAAAAAAAUUGAUAUCUAUGAUCAGUCAAAUGCUGAUAUACGGAAGUAUUUUGGAGAAUGCAACCAAUUCAUUGAUGAAGCGAUUUCUAAUAAUGGUAAAGUUUUAGUUCACUGCUAUCAAGGUAUUUUAUAAUAAUAAAAGGGGAAUUAUACGAUGGAAGCUUUGGCCAUUAGAUUUUUGAAGAUUUAGGAGUUUGCUGCUUGUAGCUCCUAGGAGGGAGACUAUUAGGUGGAACACACGAAAGAGUCAAGUACAGAGCGAGACAGCACGCCCCGUGAGGCUUGGCAGUGCACGAGAGGCCUAGUUGUUAGAGCUUCAUGACAUCUGAUAGUUGGUGAAAAAAAAUGGCUUGCAAUAUCACCAAGCUCUGAUUAAAGGGCGGUUGAAUUAUAUCAUACCUAAGAAUCCAAAACACUAAUUAAUACAUAAGUUAUCAAGGCAUUUCAAGAAGUUGCACUAUAGUAGCUGCUUAUUUGAUUUAUAAGAAAGGCUACAGUUGUAUGUAUACGCUGGACCUUAUUAAGAAAAAGCAUCAUCAGUGCUGCCCAAAUGAUGGAUUUAUAAAACAGCUAGAUGAGUACUCGCAAAAUCUUAAACACAUAAACCCAGGACUUGAAGAAAUAAAAUUUUCAAAGUGCCACUGCGUUGUAUUUUAG